CUAAAAAAGGUGAACAGCAAAAAAGCACUAAACUUCACGAGCUUACACUCUCUAUAUAGAUGUACACAUGUAUAUAUAGCUAUACAGCUUCGUGUGAAUUGAUGAUGACGACGACGAUCAUGAAAUUGAUGUACUAAAAGAACCUAGAAACAAGAAAAAGUGAAACUCGGUAGUAGAGUUGUGGUGGUAAGUAAAACCUUCACGGGCUUGCGGCCUUGCUUUGAGCUCAUCAACCAUCCUUUUUAAGGUCUCUAUCUUCGAACAACAUACAAACAAUUAUUUACUUGGAUUCUGUGAUCGACAGCUUGCCAGUUGCCACUUUGGCUUGCGGGGUUUUUGAUUUUUAUUGUGCUUAGGGUUCUUGUUUGGAUGAAGUUUGAGGCACGUUUAGCUGCUUGUUGUGGAUUGAUGAUUAUGAACUUAUGAUAAUAGUGUUUGGGGUUUGAAUUUGGGAUUGAAGAAAUCAGGGUUCGGGCUUUUUUCGGUUUGAGUUGGUUUUCUUUGGGGCAAAUGGAUCGAGCGGCGUUGACUGUGGGGCCGGGAAUGGAUAUGCCGAUUAUGCACGACAGCGAUCGCUACGAGCUGGUGCGGGACAUCGGUUCCGGGAAUUUUGGAGUGGCUAGGCUCAUGAAAGAUAGGCAGACGAACGAGCUUGUGGCCGUUAAGUAUAUUGAGAGAGGCGAUAAGAUUGAUGAGAAUGUGCAAAGAGAAAUAAUCAACCACAGAUCACUGAGGCAUCCCAACAUUGUCCGAUUUAAAGAGGUCAUAUUGACUCCAACCCACCUGGCUAUUGUGAUGGAAUAUGCCUCGGGAGGAGAGCUCUUUGAGCGAAUCUGCAAUGCUGGCCGAUUCAGCGAGGAUGAGGCACGAUUUUUCUUCCAACAGCUUAUAUCAGGAGUCAGUUACUGUCAUGCAAUGCAAGUGUGCCACCGUGAUUUGAAGUUAGAGAACACAUUAUUGGAUGGUAGCCCUGCUCCCAGGCUAAAAAUUUGUGAUUUUGGCUAUUCCAAGUCUUCUGUGCUGCAUUCACAACCAAAGUCAACUGUUGGUACACCAGCAUAUAUUGCACCUGAAGUUUUGCUCAAGAAAGAAUAUGACGGAAAGAUUGCUGAUGUGUGGUCUUGUGGAGUUACUUUGUAUGUCAUGCUUGUGGGGGCAUACCCUUUUGAGGACCCAGAGGAGCCCAAAAACUUCAGGAAGACAAUACAGCGAAUUCUGAACGUCCAAUACUCAAUUCCCGAUUAUGUUCAUAUAUCUCCAGAAUGCCGUCAUCUGAUCUCAAGGAUUUUUGUAGCUGAACCUGCAAAGAGGAUAACCAUUCCUGAGAUCAGAAACCAUGAGUGGUUUCUCAAGAACCUUCCUGCGGAUCUUAUGGACAACAACAUGGCAAAUAACCAUUUUGAGGAGCCAGACCAGCCUAUGCAGAGCGAUGAUGAAAUCAUGCAGAUAAUUACCGAGGCCACCAUUCCAACUGCUGGGAUGAACAGUCUAAAUCAGUACCUUACUGGCAGCCUAGAUGUUGAGGAAGACAUGGAAGAAGAUAUGGAGAGUGAUCCUGAUCUUGAUAUUGAUAGCAGCGGAGAAAUAGUAUAUGCAAUAUGAUGACUAUAAGGGAAAGGGAAAUGGGCUGCCUGAUUAUGUUAAGCUUAAUGGCUGACACAAAACUCUGUGCAGUGUAAUUUAUCAGGGUGCAUGAGGCUUCUGUAAUGCGAACUUCGUGCAUGUUCUGUGCACAAUGUAGACUUUUGUGUCCUGUUUCUUUGUGCUUUUGUAUUCUGGACCUGGGACUAUUUUCCUCAGCAGAUGUUUUAAAAAAGUGUUAAUUACCGUAA